GUUUUCUUUUCGGUUAAUCCACCUACUUAGCCUGGGGAUGGCAGUGUCAGACCCCAGGUGACGGCAAAGGGGAAACGUGAUAAAAGCGUUGUCUUCCUGAAGAGAGACGAGCCUGAGGCUCGGCAGUGGUGCUGCCCGAGUGACCUGGCCUCUGGGCUGGGCCCUGGACGGCGGAUCCCUGGUUCCCGUCCUUGUCGCACCCUCUUCCGUAGUCCGCAGGCCCGAUGGCGUUGGCCGCGCUGAUGGGCCCGUCGCAGGUUCCCAUGAAUUCAGAAGUAAUUAUGGACCCUAUACAGGGGCAGGUGAACUUUGAGGACGUGUUCGUGUACUUCUCCCAGGAGGAGUGGGUGCUCCUUGAUGAGGCUCAGAGGCUCCUGUACCGUGAUGUGAUGCUGGAGAACUUUGCACUUAUGGCCUCUCUGGGUUGUUGGCAUGGAAUGGAGGAUGAGGAGAUACCUUUUGAACAGAGCAUUUCUGUAGAAGGUGUGUCACAGAUCUGGACUCAUAAGGGAAGCCCUUCUACCCAGAAGGCUCAUCCCUGUGGGACAUGUGGCCUGGUCUUAAAAGACAUUUUGCACUUGGCUGAGCACCAGGGAACACACCCUGGGCAGAAACCAUACAUAUGUCUGGUGUGUGGGAAACAAUUCUGGUUUAGUGCAAACCUUCACCAGCACCAGAAGCAGCACAGUGGAGAGAAACCCUUAAGAAGGGAUGAGGGCAAGGUCUUUCUUAUGAACAGCUACCCUGUCCACCUGUCAGAGAUAUCUUUUAUAUCAGGGAAAGGUUGUAAGGACUUUUCAACCAGCUCAAGCGUUUUUAAGCGUGAUGCACCUCACAGUGAGUGGAACCCACCCAGUAACACUGAGUGUGAGGAAGCCUUUCACAAUGGAAAAAGGCGUUACAAAUGCAGUGAAUGUGGAAAAGCCUUCAGCCGCAAAGACUCACUUGUUCAGCACCAGAGAGUCCACACUGGAGAAAGGCCUUAUGAGUGUGGUGAAUGUGGGAAAACCUUUAGUCGCAAACCCAUACUUGCUCAGCACCAGAGAAUCCACACUGGAGAAAUGCCUUAUGAAUGUGGCGUAUGUGGGAAAGUUUUUAAUCAUAGUUCUAACCUCAUUGUACACCAGAGAGUACACACUGGGGCAAGGCCUUACAAGUGCAAUGAAUGUGGGAAAGCCUACAGCCACAAAUCCACACUUGUUCAACAUGAGAGUAUCCAUACUGGAGAAAGACCUUAUGAGUGCAGUGAAUGUGGGAAGUACUUUGGUCACAAAUACAGACUAAUUAAACAUUGGAGUGUUCAUACUGGGGCGAGACCUUAUGAGUGCAUUGCAUGUGGGAAGUUCUUUAGCCAAAGCUCUGACCUUAUUGCACACCAAAGGGUUCACAAUGGUGAAAAGCCUUAUGUGUGCAGUGAAUGUGGAAAAGCCUUUAGCCACAAACAUGUGCUCGUUCAACACCAUAGGAUUCACACUGGAGAAAGGCCAUAUAAGUGCAGUGAAUGUGGGAAAGCCUUCAGGCAAAGGGCUUCCCUCAUCCGCCAUUGGAAAAUUCACACUGGAGAAAGGCCUUAGGAUGGGAAAUAUGCCAUCUCCUUGUUCAACAUAACUGAUACCAGCAAGAAUCUCUAAGAGUAACAUUUGUGUGCAGUCAACAGCCAGAAGUUGAGCUUGACACAUUCAAUCAAUCACCCUGGUGAGAUUCUUCUGUGUGCCAGCUACGAGGGAACGUUUCUGGAGCUAUGCUGCAUUUUCUAACCUGCCCAGGACCCUUGCCGGAAUUAUAUCACUGCCACUGACUCUGACAGAAGCC